UUGAAAAUGUCAUCAACACUUCCAAUUGCAAUAUAAAUAUGUUCAGAGCUGUGGAGAUCAUAGCAUAUUACUACACUCUGGGCUUGCCUCAUUCACUGAAUCAGAUCAUCAUGUCGAUCUCUACAGUCAUAUGUAUAGUUCAAUGGAUUUUGGUCUACUCUUCUUCUCAUCUCUUAUCACUCAGAGCAGAAAACUGCGUAUGGCCUCAAAAAUGUGGAGGUCUGACGUUUUCUUACCCCUUCCGAUUGGAGCAAAAGACUUGUGGCUUGCCUGGUUUCGAUAUCACUUGCAAAGGAAAAUCGAGUUCGAGAUCUGACCUUGGAACCCCCUAUCUGCCAACCCUCUCCGGAGAAGUACUAGUCCUAAAUAUCUCUUACGACCACGUCCUGGUUGACGCCGCUAACUUGUAUGCUUUUCCCUGCAGCAAAGAGGUUAACUUUACAAACGCCACAACGUUCAACCUUAGCGAUGAAGGGCCUUUCAGGAUUUCUGGGUCUAAUAAGUUCUUUGCUGUUGGUUGUAAUACCUCUGGCAUGUUUCAGAUGCUUAUUGGCGAUAGAUUCCAAGAAACGCCUUAUUCGGGCUCCUGCACAUCUAUGUGUCGGUAUAAUCAAACACUCUAUGGCAGACGACUGCCCUGCAAAGAGAAUGGAUGUUGUCAAAUGCCGGUUCCUGAAGGUUACACAAGAAUUAGCCUCACAGCGCGAUUCUUGUCUUCCUAUGGAUCGGACAAUUGUAGCAAUUCGGCUUCCGCCAUAGUUGAUCAAGAUAGCUGGGAUUUGAUUUCCAAUUCAAUGUCGUUCAAAGCUUCGAGUUCUUCUUUAAGAAUAGACUGGGCUAUUCUAAAUGAUACAUGCUCCUCGGCUCAAAAUAAGAGUUCAUACCAGUGUUCUCCAAACACGGAGUGUGAAAAUAGAGAUUGGGGUUAUGUCUGCAAGUGUAAGACUGGCUAUGAGGGAGAUGGAUACACCAGCGGCACGAGAUGCAAAGAAAUAAAAAAUUGCACAGGUUUCAGUUGCUUUCAAACUUUAUCAAUAAUCAUAGGGGUAUGUGGGACACUAAUAGCUGCGCUACUGAGCGGCGGCAGUCUCUUCUGGAUUUUGAAGCUAAGAAAAUCCAAGCGCGACAAGGAAAACAACUUCCAAAGGAACGGAGGGGAUCGCUUGGAAAAAUUAAUUUCAUCACGAGGAGGAGUAGAAGGCAUGAAACUCUUCACUUUGGACGAGAUCGAGAAAGCCACAAAUAAGUUCUCUGAAAAUUUGAUCCUGGGAUCUGGUGGCUACGGCACUGUUUACAAAGGUACUCUCACCAAUGAAAGUUUGGUGGCAGUGAAGAGGUCUAAAGAUGUUGAUUGCAAAGAAAUCGACCAGUUCGUCAAUGAAGUUUCUAUUUUGAGCCAAAUUAAUCACAGAAACGUGGUUAAGUUACUGGGCUGCUGUCUGGAAACUUCCGUUCCUCUGCUGGUUUACGAAUACAUUUCUAAUGGAACAUUGUUUGACCAUCUUCACGGUAAGAGGCCAGAGCAGCAGCAGCUUACAUGGGAGCGGCGCCUGCGCAUAGCCACUGAAACUGCAGAAGCCUUGUCAUACUUGCACUCAGCAGCUUCAAUACCGAUUGUCCACAGAGAUGUCAAAACUACAAACAUUCUACUGGAAAAUGAUUAUAAUCCAAAAGUUGCAGACUUCGGAGUGUCUCGUCUGGUGCCGAUGGGGCAAACACACAUUACUACAGUUGUGCAGGGAACAUUGGGUUACUUGGAUCCUGAAUACUUCCAAACAAUUCAGCUUACAGAGAAAAGCGACGUCUACAGCUUUGGGGUUGUUUUGGUGGAGCUUUUGACGGGGCUGAAACCUGUUUCGUAUGAAAGGAUGAGGAACCAGAGCAACCUGGCCAUAUUUUUCCUCUCCACUGUUAACACGAGAGGUUUCAGGGAAAUCAUAGAUCCCCGUCUUGAUGUUGAUGAAGGUAACAACGUGGAAUCGAUGAGAAGAGUGGCAGGGCUAGCGAAGGAAUGCCUCAGCGUUGAAGGGGAGAAGAGACCUUCAAUGAAAGAGGUAGUUCAGGAACUGCUUUGGAGUAAAGGGGGCGAAAGACCCCAUGCGUGGCUGAAUAUUGAUGUAGUGGACAAGCCGGAAGAAAUGGUGGGGCUGAUAGUUAAUGAGGAAGAAAGAAGGGAGGGUAUAAGGUCCGCUUAUUCAGUACCAGAACAGUGUUCUUCGUCGUUCAGCAUUGAAGGCCUUGGAGAUGGUGUUAGAAGCGGCAGAUAAGGUGCAUCGCCCGGCAUUAUCCACGUGUCUGAUUUUAAGACAGGUGUCGCAAUUAUCAGUAUAUAUGGUGUGUCCGGUUAUUUAACCAAUCAAUAUGUAUUUUAAAUGAUUAAACGCGUGUUUUUCCUAUUUAUCUUUACUGCUUAUAGAACUUUGUCU